AUGGAUGUCAUGAAGGCUAUGUAUGGUAUUGAUAUUGAUUAUUGGAAGGCAUACAAAGUCUUAGUACAUGCACGUGAGCUAGAAAGAGGCACAUGGGAGAGCGGGUACGAGUAUUUGCCUUUCUAUUUGCAAAAGAUCGAGGCGGCUAAUCCAGGUACAAUUACGAAACUUGUUUGCGAUGAGGAAGACAGAUUUAGGUACUUAUUCAUUGCAUUUGGUGCAUGUAUCACUGGUUUCCAAUUUAUAAGAAAUGUGAUAGUUGUGGAUGGAGCUCAUUUGAAAGGAAAAUUCAAAGGUGUUAUACUCGUUGCCGCUUCACAAGAUGGAAAUGGUGGGAUAUUUCCUCUAGCUUUCGGGAUUGUUGAUUCAGAAAAUCAUGUUUCAUGGGAGUGGUUCCUAAAUCAGCUGCGUUUGGUUUAUGGGGACCGAGAAGACUUGGCAAUAAUUUCUGAUAGACACAAAUCCAUUCGAAAAUCAGUUAGAAAGGUAUUCCCACUAGCUCAUCGAGGAAUAUGUAACUAUCAUCUGCAUCAGAAUCUUCUAAAAAAAUACAAAGACUCCAGUACACUAAAUUUGGUUAAAAAGGCUGCAAAGGUGUACAGGGUUUCUGAGUUCAUUGCGUUAUUUGAUGAGAUUCGAAGAGAAAACCCUGCCAUUGCUGCAUAUUUGGAGAAGGCUGAUGUUCGUUUGUGGUCUCGUGCAUUUUUUCAAGGAGAUAGGUAUGAUAUAAUGACAAGCAAUAUUGUUGAGUCUAUCAAUAAGGUUCUCAAAGACGCUCGCGAGUAUCCUAUUGCAUUUUUUCUGGACGAAGUGCGUAAGGUGAUUUCAAGAUGGUUUAUGGAACGACGAGAACAUGCUAUGUCACUACAAACAUUAUUCACGCCAAGGGUUGAACGAACUUUGACGUAUAGAUGCAAGAUUGGUAAUACUCUCACUGUGCAACACAUAAACGCAUAUCGUAGCCAUGUAACUGGUGGUGCACUUGAUUGUGUCGUGGACAUACGAGAGAGGAGCUGUACUUGCCGUAAAUAUGAUAUUGAUAAGAUACCAUGUGAACAUGCUCUUGCUUCUGCUGAUAAGCGACCAAAUCUACAUUUACAAACUCUAGUACAUCCGUACUACACAAAAAGUAACUUGUCCGGUGCGUAUGCGGAGUCCGUUAAUCCGGUGGAUGUUGAGUCGUAA